CUUUGUCCUCGGCUCAGGCGUUUUUUUUUUGCUGCUGGCUGCCAUCAAAACAGCCCUUCUCACUCGGCUUGGAAUUUCAUUGAUUUGUCCUGCGGGGAUUUUAUCCUAAGGUCCGGCGAUGAGUUUUAUCGAAUUUCCUUCACCUUUCAGGUCAAAGAUUAGAGGGGAUGCUUUUUUGCUGUGGGUUCUGCUCGGUGUAGUUUUGAGGAUGUACCAGAGAGAAAGAGAGAGAGAGGAAGCCUGAGCUUGGGCGAGAGGGUGGCGGGAGGAGGAAUUGGGUGAGAGAGGGACAAAUACUGAGUGGGUUUUUUGAGGCAGACGAAGGGAUCCUUGCCGAGAGGGUACAUAAUGUACAGAGCAUACAGACGCGAACUAGGGUGAAUCUCGAGGGCGUCUGGCUGUCUGAGUGAAUUCUUCCUCACAGUGUCAUUGUGUGCGUCUCUCGAGCUCCCUUUUAGUGAAUCACAAUCAAUGAGAGUAGCAAAACAAUUUUCGUGAGACGCUCAAGAGCGAAAGAGAAUGGACACUCAUCAGCCCUACAAUUUUCACUUGGGAACCGCGAGUCACUCGGUGGCGGAGCCCAGUUCCAGUCCGCCACAGCAAAGCGUGCCAGGACGGCGAACACCUCUCGGCGCCGUUGGACUGGGAGGAUUCUACGCUCAUGGCUCACAUCCGGGCUCCUCAAUGCACGGCCAGCAAAGCGUGGAUGAGAAUCGACCUAGUGGAACGUCAGAGAGAGGCGCCAGUGGUGGUCCUGGCCAGCCAGUGCCACCGGGAACAAAACCGAAGAAUCGCCAAGGAAAGACCGUCCGUUUAAACAUAAAUGCCAGGGAGCGACGGAGAAUGCAUGAUUUGAAUGACGCUCUGGAUGAGCUAAGGAGUGUCAUUCCCUAUGCUCACUCGCCUUCAGUUAGGAAACUUUCCAAGAUUGCCACACUUUUACUGGCGAAGAAUUACAUCCUCAUGCAGCAAAAUGCUUUAGAGGAGAUGCGACGUCUCUUGGCCUACAUUCAGAGUACCACAGGAGCUGCUCCGCUGGAUCUGGCCAGCUUCCCGGCUGCUGCAAAGCUCCAACAGCUGCUGCAAAACCCUCCAGAGCAGCCGAACUAAGCUUC